CGUUAAAAACUCUCACUGCUUUUGGUUCCUAAGCAGCGACGUCUUUCACUGACAAGUGACGUACCCCGGAAGUUGGUGACGUCCCAGAAUAACAAAGAUGGCAGGAAUAGGAGGCAGCAACUACUGGGAAGAUCUGAGGAAGCAGGCCAGACAGUUGGAGAAUGAGCUCGACCUGAAGUUGGUCUCCUUCAGUAAACUGUGCACCAGUUACAGCAGCUCCAGGGAUGGACGUCGAGGAGAAACGUCAGACACCACCCCGCUGCUUAACAACUCCACCCAGGACAGGAUGUUUGACACCAUGUCAGUGGAGAUUGAACAGCUUCUGGCCAAACUGACUGCUAUUAACGACAAGAUGGCGGAGUACACCAACACCCCAGGAACGACAUCUAUCAAUGCAGCACUUAUGCACACACUGCAGAGACACAGAGACAUCUUACAGGAUUACACACAUGAAUUCCACAAAACCAAAGGAAACUUCUUGGCCAUCCGGGAACGAGAAGACCUCCUCGGGUCUGUCAGGAAAGACAUUGAGACAUACAAGAGCGGCUCCGGGGUCAACAACAGAAGAACAGAGCUGUUUCUAAAGGAGCAUGAGCACCUGAGAAACACGGACAGACUGAUGGAUGACACAAUAAGUAUUGCCAUGGCGACAAAGGAGAACAUGACCUCCCAGAGGGGCAUGCUGAAAUCCAUACAGAGCAGGGUCAACACUCUGGCCAACCGUUUCCCAACAAUCAACAACCUCAUCCAGCGAAUCAACCUGCGGAAGAGACGGGACUCCCUCAUCCUUGGAGCAGUGAUCGGCGUUUGCACCAUCCUCCUCCUGCUUUAUGCUUUUCACUGAACACCCCAGACUUGGUAAAAUCUUGAAAGCAGCAGGAUUGACCUGCUUCUUUUUUGUAGCAUGGGACCCCCUGGGAGACUGAAGCUCAGUGUUUGGAGGACCCUGGAGAGCUCCCUGAGCAGAAAGACUUUGAACUGGUCCAGUUCUUAGACGGGAACAACUCGGACCAACAUGAACUACUGAACUUGUAUUUAGUGGUGGGACGAAUGGAGGACUUGUGGUUGGGUCCUCCUCUGCCGACACAGGAGUGAAGACCAGAAGUACAAAUACAACAUGAUUUUAAAGAAAUUCUAUUAACUCACUUUAAACUGAGGAAAGUUAUGAAGAGACGGUGAGAAUGUGUGAUGCUUUAUGUUUUUCACAGGUGGAAGGAUUUUUAGUUGAAUGGUCCUUUUUAAUGAUGGAGUGGGAUUGAUAGUUCAUUGUGGGCUGUAAAAUGUGAAUUAAUAAAUUAUUCAUAUCAGUAUGUGCAAAAAA